AUGAAAGGCUAGAAUGCUUAAUAAGAAUUCCACAACUUAUUGCAGGAGUAUAUGGGUAAAUAUAAUUAGUUUUAAGACAAUAAUAGAGAAAAUUUAAAGGAAAAAAGCAUUCUUAACCUCUAUGUCGCAUUGUCUUUUAUCUCAGUUUUAGUGAACUCUAAAGUUAUCUAAGAUUUUCAAGUCAACUCUGUCAAAUCAGCGGGUUAAAAAUUGAGAGAAAGAACAACAUCAAAGAACACUUUUAGGUUUGCCCAAUUAAAUGCUUUUAAUAGAGAUAAAGCAUCUUCAAUGAAGCUUAAUUCUUAACUAGGUAUGAACCUACCUUAUGAAGCUCCAGUUUAUCGAUCCUAUUUUGAGGCUUAUCUCGGUCUUUACAAACAAGGAAUAAGAGGUUUCUAUAAAGGUAAUGGAGUGAGAUGCUUGCAUCUUGUGCUAUUCCACAGACUUAAUACUGAUUUAACUUUGUAUUCUGAAUCUACUUUCCCACAGCAAGUUAAGUAGCUUAAGCAGAUUCCAAUUCUUUAAGAGCUAAUGUUGAGUUGUGUUGUUGAUUUUGCAUUACAUCCACUUCAUGUUGCUGAAGCUAGAUUCAUCAUGCAAAAUAGAAGAAAGAACUUUGCCAUUUAUCAAAGUAUAGGUGACUUUUUUAGGAAAUCAUACACUGAGAUGUUUAGGGGUAUCAUUCUUCAUAUUCCAAGAAAUAUCUGUAUAGCAAUGACUUAUCCAUUCCUCACAGUUUAAAGAAGAUUAGAGUGUUAGAGUAAUAUUGGAAUUGCCUUACUUAAGAAUAAUGAGUAUAGUGGAUUCUUUAACGCAAUGAAGAGAAUUUAUUCUGAGGAAGGAGCGUUGGCUUUUUACAGAGGAUAUUCUGCUCACAUUUUAGCUAUUAUGCUCUGGAUGAGUGUGCUUCCCAAGCUUACUGAUAUAAUGAUGAACAAAAUACCUAUAUUGAGUGAUAUCAUUGGAAACAAAUCUGAGUCUCCAAUCACCACCAGAGAUCCAUAUGGCUUAGAUGAUAACGAUGAAGAUGAUGAUUGA